AGAAGGGCAAUGCGUGGGGCAGUGGUGUGCACAUCAUUUGGCCGACGCCUAAGCCCGCCGUUACGGUCGUGCAGCGCAAAGACGGCAAUCUGGCUGCUGAAUGGGCCGGUGGAGGCGCACCCCCGCCACAGCCGCACUCAGAGGGGCCGAGCUGCCGAUAUCGAUAACUCGUAGCCGACGCUUCCACCUCCGCUCAUCGCCCGCCAGCGCUCCGACAGCCGCAGCAUGUCUUGAGUACUCGAAACCGAGCCCUGGCCGCCACUUAGCCCGUCCCUUCUGCGUCUCAUGUCGAGUCUGCAGCUCCUCCGCGAUGACCACUGGAGACUCCGCCCGCGACGUUGACGUGCCCGCCUCGCCCCUCGUCUCCGACAGCCCGCUGCCGUUUCCGGAGCUGUGCGCAAGGAUACAUGGCCGCAUCACCGCAUUCCUGGGCGAGAAGAAUGUUUCUGCGAGGGUGAAGAGCGUGCAAGAGCAGACGGCGAUGUCGCUGGGCGUGAUUGCAGAGGCUUUGGACAAGUACACUCUGCCGGAGCUCUCCCUUGCGUACAACGGCGGCAAGGACUGCCUCGUCCUCUUAAUCCUAUAUCUAUGCGCCCUCCAUAAGAAGGGCCUGACCCCCGCGAACCCGAAUGCCACCCCCGAGACUGCCAUCAAGUGCGUCUACAUCCAGGCGCCGCAUCCUUUCCAGGAAGUAGAAGACUUCGUAACGUCCAGCGUCCAGACGUACUCGCUUUCGCUGCUCGAAUAUGCGAAGCCUAUGAAAGCCGCAUUUGCAGACUAUCUGCACGACACGCCCCAAGUCAAGGCGAUAUUUGUUGGUACACGGCGGACGGAUCCGCACGGCGAGCAUUUAAAGCACUUCGAUCCUACCGAUCACGGCUGGCCAGACUUUAUGCGCAUACACCCUGUUAUAGACUGGCACUAUGUAGACAUCUGGACUUUCAUCCGACAUCUAAACAUCCCUUAUUGCAAGCUUUACGAUCGCGGCUACACCUCGCUGGGUGGAACCGACGAUACCCACCCGAACCCUGCGCUCGCCCGCAAGUCUAGUCAUAUGGCGAACGGCAUCGCUUCGAACGGAUACGCCAACGGCAACGGCAACGGCACCAGCACGCCCAAGUACCGGCCUGCGUACGAGUUGAUCGAUGACUAUGAGGAGCGACUGGGGAGAGACAGAUAAGGGGACGGCGACUGUAAAUAUAGCAAGCCAUUCAUAUCCGGAGGGAUUGAUCACAUAUGGGCGUCUUCGGCGUAUGAGAAUAUCCAUAGCAAAUACACACUCCUGAAUAGAAGCAUUUAGAUUCCGC